CGGAACCUGAGAGCGCGCGGCGCGUCCAGAAACCGAGGGGGCGCACACGCACCGGGGACGUGCUUCCUCAUGUUUAACUGAACUUUUCACCAUUUUUUCCGAAACUUGUGACUGAACCAUCCCCUGGCUAUCCUUUUGUAUCUUUUCCCCUCCUCCUGGCUGGAGGACUGAGUUUGGAUUUCGGCGGGGGGCAGGAGGAGGAGGAGGCGGAGGAGCAGUGAGCGGCUCCGGGAUGGAGCACCGGGGCUCAGGGCGCACGGCGAACCCUGAGUGAGUCAGGCUGUUGGAUGGACGCUACUUCCCGGUUCCGGCUGUUCACAGCACGGCCAUGACGGGCAUCCAGGAGCCAGACCUGCAUGAGCAGCACGAAGGACCGACGCAGGAGGGAGAGGAUGAGGAAGAGGAGGGGGAAAAGGUGCAUGGAUCAGUUGAGAGGGAGGAGUGGGAGCACAAAGGGGAAGAGGAGGAAGGGGAGGAGGACGGAAAGGAAGAGCUGCCAUAUCCCUCCCUUGCACCGGUGGUUCUUUUGGCUCUGACCCAAACCAGCCCGCCCCGCUCCUGGUGCCUUCGAGCUGUCUGCCAUCCAUAUCCUUCACUGCUGGUGGUGCGCCCGAAGCACGGCCAACUUCGUGUGAGCAUUCUGGCCAUCCUGCUGAACUGUGUGACUUUGGGGAUGUUCCAGCCCUGUGACCGGACCCCCUUCCUGCUGCAGGCUCUGGAUGAUGGGAUCUUUGUGUUUUUCGCUGGUGAGAUGCUGGUGAAGAUGGUGGCUCUCGGGGUCAUAGGUCAGAAAGGUUACCUAGGCGACACAUGGAACAGAUUGGACUUCUUCAUCGUUCUUGUGGGCAUGCUGGAGUACUCGCUGGACGGACACAACGUCAGCCUGUCAGCCAUCCGGACUGUUCGGGUUCUCCGUCCGCUACGAGCCAUCAACAGAGUUCCCAGUAUGCGUAUCCUGGUGACCCUCCUGCUCGAUACACUUCCAAUGCUGGGCAACGUGCUGGCGCUGUGCUUCUUUGUCUUCUUCAUCUUCGGCAUUGUUGGAGUUCAGCUGUGGGCGGGGCUACUGAGGAACCGCUGUUUCAUGGGAGAGGAGAUAAAGAUGAGAUACAACGUCACCUUCCUGAAGGGAUAUUAUCAGCCUGAUGGCACAGAUGACCACCCCUUCAUCUGCUCUGUAGAGAGAGACAAUGGGAUGCUUCGGUGUUCUGAUGUGCCUCGCCGGCGUGUACGUGGGACUUACUGCUUCCUGGGUGCCGAGGAAGCCCAUUCAGAGACAGGACUCCGAGUAGAUGAGCCAGCAUCAUGUAUAAACUGGUAUCAGUAUUACAACGAGUGUCGGGCUGGUGAAAUAAACCCACACAAAGGGGCUAUUAACUUUGACAACAUUGGAUAUGCAUGGAUUGCAAUUUUUCAGGUAAUUACUCUUGAGGGUUGGGUAGACAUCAUGUAUUAUGUCAUGGAUGCACACUCCUUCUACAACUUCAUCUAUUUCAUUUUCCUCAUUAUAGUGGGCUCUUUCUUCAUGAUCAACCUGUGCCUGGUCGUCAUAGCAACCCAGUUUUCUGAAACCAAGCAGAGAGAACACGCCUUAAUGAAAUCGGAGCAGCGAGCCCGCCUCCUCCACCAGUCAACGUCCACCCUGGCCAGUGACAGUCAGCCGGGGAGCUGCUACGAGGAGAUCAUCCGCUACCUGGCACACCUGGGCCGGAAGGCGUGGCGGCGGCUGUCCCGCUGCUUCGCUCAGUUCAGCUCACGCUUCCACUGCACCUGCAUGUGCAAAAAAGAUCAGGCCGGGGCCUCUGGCAGAGGGGGCGGGACCGGAGAGAUGAACGGACUUGCCAAUCGGCACUCAGGCCACGCCCCCAACGACUUAGCCCGCCUCCACCAGCUUUACCAUCUCAAUCACCAGCAUCACCACCGCCACCACCAGCCUGAACCGGCUGUCAGCAAUGGAGGGAACUGUUUUAAUUAUCCCAUCAUAUCGCCACUCUUCAGCCACCUGGAGGAUAAGGACCAGGAGCAGAAGAGGCCGGUUGCCACGGAGACCAUCAACAGACUGCCUCAGCUGGUGCUGGAGCAUGGUGGGUCUACUGGGCAUCCCGGUGAGGUUCCUGGAGAUUCCUCGGUAUGUCCGUACUGCGUCUGCUACAACCAGCUCAGUGGGAAUGAAAACGUUAACAUCCUGCUUGAAGACCGGCAGCAGGGGUAUCACAGCUCAUGCCGUAGCAACAGCCCGUGUCAUGGUAACAGCCCAUGCCACUGUAGCAGUCCCUGUCGUGGUGAUGCACAGGUGUUAGAGCCAAAGGAGAGGCUAUGGGAGCGUUGCUGGGUAGGACUGCAAAGCAAACUGGAACUUAUCGUUGGGAGCAGAUACUUCAACAGAGGAAUCAUGAUUGCCAUCCUCAUUAACACGCUCUCAAUGGGGAUAGAGUACCACGAACAGCCGCAGGAGCUGACAGAUAUUUUGGAGAUCAGUAACAUGGUGUUCACCAGUCUCUUCAGCCUUGAGAUGCUGCUGAAGCUCCUGGCUCUGGGGCUCUUCGGCUACAUCAAGAACCCUUAUAACGGCUUUGAUAGCAUCAUUGUCAUAAUCAGUGUGUGGGAGAUAGUGGGAGAAGCUGAGGGUGGCUUGUCGGUGCUGCGCACCUUCCGUUUGCUGAGAGUUUUGAAGCUGGUCCGGUUCCUUCCUGCCUUAAGGAGGCAGCUGGUAGUACUGAUGAAGACCAUGGACAAUGUGGCAACAUUCUGCAUGCUGUUGAUGCUCUUCAUAUUCAUAUUCAGCAUUUUGGGGAUGCAUCUGUUCGGCUGUAAAUUUGGUUUGCGACAAGACAGCGGAGACACUUUACCUGACAGGAAAAACUUUGACUCUCUGCUGUGGGCUACCGUCACGGUGUUUCAGAUUCUCACCCAGGAGGACUGGAAUGCUGUUCUCUACAAUGGGAUGGCCUCCACCACGCCAUUGGCUGCCCUCUACUUUGUAGCCCUUAUGACUUUUGGAAACUACGUCCUCUUCAACUUGCUCGUCGCCAUUUUGGUGGAGGGCUUCCAAGCUGAAGUACUCUCUUAUGACAUUAAUUGUUCUACAUGUAUAGAGCUCAAGCUCCAAGCCAUGAUGCUCAGCCCCAAUGGUCUCCUUAACCCAAAGGCUUCUAGGCCCCCCCCACCUCCGCCGCCACUGCCGGUCAUCACGCACACUGCCGCCACACCCACCAUAAUCUCCAGCCAAUCACGCCGGACAAGUGGGGCCUCCACAGAGAACAGCUUUGAGCAGCAGUCGCUGUCACUGCGGGAGAGUGGUCCAGAGAGCCGUCGCUCUAGCUGGACCAGUAUGAGCCGAGCCCCCAGCCUCCACAGACGGAGCCAGUCAGGAGAGAUGGAGUCACUGCUGUCGGACACGCACACAUUCUCCAAUCUUAGCAGCAGAGAGCAAUCGCUGGACCAGCCUGACUACCUGCAGGUGCCCUUGCUCCUCUCCCCCGACUGCAACGGCACUUCCUUUCACAUCCCUGACCACGGCUAUGACGAGGUGCCCCUGACAUCAUACUACCACAGCGAUGAAGAAGAGGAAGAGCCCGAGGAGGUGAAUAAAACUAAGCUGAUGAGUUUAUGUAAGAAGGUGAAGAAGAUUCUUGAGCCCUAUGAGCCUCGGUGGUGCCUGGAGCAUGAAGAGUGGUCCCUCUAUCUGUUUGCUCCACACAGCCAGUUUAGGCUAUGGUGUCAGAGGAUCAUCAGUCACAAGAUGUUUGAUCAUACUGUCUUGCUUUUCAUUUUUCUAAACUGCAUCACCAUCGCACUUGAGAGGCCUGACAUACACCCCAAGAGCAUGGAGCGAGUGUUUCUCAGCGUGUCCAAUUACAUCUUCACUGUUAUCUUCGUGGGCGAGAUGAUGAUCAAGGUGGUAGCUAUGGGUCUGUACUUUGGAAACGGUGUGUACCUGCAGAGCAGCUGGAACGUCUUAGACGGCUUGUUGGUGUUUGUGUCAAUGGUGGACAUCCUGGUCUCCAUCGCAUCAGCAGGUGGUAAUCGAAUCUUAGGCAUCUUACGAGUACUCCGUCUGCUCCGUACACUGCGACCGCUCAGGGUGAUAAGUCGGGCUCCAGGACUGAAACUGGUGGUAGAAACCCUGAUCACAUCUCUCAGACCAAUUGGGAAUAUUGUUCUCAUCUGCUGUGCUUUUUUCAUUGUGUUUGGAAUUCUUGGAGUGCAGCUGUUCAAAGGGAAGUUCUUCUACUGUGAUGGGCUCAAUGUCACUAACGUCACCAAUAAAACCGAGUGUCUGCAGGCGGGCUACCGCUGGGUCAGAAGGAAAUACAACUUUGACAACCUGGGACAGGCGCUGAUGUCGCUCUUUGUGCUGUCCUGUAAAGAUGGUUGGGUUAGCAUCAUGUAUGAUGGCCUGGAUGCUGUUGGAGUUGACCAGCAGCCAAUAAGAAACCACAACCCCUGGAUGCUGCUGUUCUUCAUCUCCUUCCUCCUCAUCGUCAGCUUCUUUGUGCUGAACAUGUUUGUGGGAGUGGUGGUGGAAAACUUUCACAAAUGUCGCCAGCAGCAGGAGGAGGAGGAGGCCCGACUCAGGGAGGAGAAACGGCAGAAGCGGCUGGAGAAAAGGAGGAGAAGGGCCCUGGAGAAGCCGUAUUAUGCUGACUACUCCCCUUUACGCCGAUCCAUACACACUGUGUGCACCAGCCAUUACCUGGAUCUUUUCAUCACCAUCAUCAUCUUCACAAACCUCCUCACCAUGAGCAUGGAGCACUACAACCAGCCCCAGUUCCUGGUGGAGAUUCUAAAGUAUUGCAAUUACGUCUUCACUCUGGUUUUUGUCAUCGAGGCCAUUUUGAAACUCAUCGCUUUCGGCUUGCGCCGGUUUUUCAAAGAAAGAUGGAACCAGCUGGACCUUGCCAUUGUGUUGCUGUCUAUCAUGGGAAUCACACUGGAGGAAAUAGACUUGAGUGCUUCCUUGCCCAUCAACCCCACCAUCAUACGCAUCAUGAGGGUCCUGAGGAUAACGCGAGUGCUGAAACUUCUGAAGAUGGCCACAGGGAUGAGAGCUCUGCUGGACACAGUGAUGCAAGCUUUGCCUCAGGUGGGGAAUCUGGGUCUGCUCUUCAUGUUGCUGUUCUUCAUCUAUGCAGCUCUGGGAGUUGAGCUCUUUGGAAAACUGGCUGACACUGAGUGUUCAGAUGAGAACCCAUGUGAGGGUCUUAGCCGCCACGCUACCUUUGACAACUUUGGCAUGGCUUUCCUCACACUCUUCAGGGUAUCUACCGGGGACAACUGGAACGGGAUAAUGAAGGACACACUACGCGAGUGUCGUCCAAGUGACCGCCACUGUCUCAACUACCUGCCCCUGAUCUCGCCCGUUUACUUCGUCACGUUCGUCCUGACGGCGCAGUUCGUGCUGGUCAACGUGGUCGUUGCUGUCCUGAUGAAGCACCUGGAGGAGAGCAACAAGGAAGCGGCGCUGGAGGAAAUGGAGGAGAGGAAAGAGAGGGAGGAGAUGAAGGAGAGGGAGGAGAUGAAGGCGAGGGAGGAGGCCGCCCGGCGCCUGAGCACUGCAUCUGUGGGUAGAGAGCUGGAGCCCAGCACACCUGCCCAGGUGCAAUUCGAAGAUGAGGAGUGUUCCCAUGGCAACCUGCUGAGCAUGGGACGCAUGCCGUCUCUUUCCAGCGACUGCUACGUUCAGCCACUCAAAAGCUCCACAUACACUCCCGUCGGCCACGAGAUGCUUUGUGGCUACACAGGGUCCAUGUCAUCUCUGGGCUCCAGUGGAGGCAGCUCUCUACUGCAGGUUCCAGGAGCUAUCCCCACCAUCAGCCACGCUUCGCUGGGGUCUGGACGCAGCUCAAGGCCGAUGAUCUGCCUCAGCACCUCUCAGAACAUCAGUCGCCACUCCUUACACAGACUCAGUCCAGCUGACAGCAUGGAGGGAUGCAGGUUAAGUCCUGCUCACAGAACAAACAGACAUAGACUGAGAUCAGCUCAGAGUAUAGACGGAUAUAAGUUCAGCCCGGCACAUCGGAUGAACCGACACAGACUCAGCUCUGCUCACAGUAUGGACGGAUACAGGCUGAAUCCAGAUCAGAGCGCAGACAGACCGAAGCUCACAUCGUGUCACAGCAUGGACAGACAUCCAUCACUUAGACUGAACCACAAGCACAGUGACAGUAGGCGUUCCUCUCUCUGGCUCUGUCCUGAGGACAGUUUAGACAGAAACAUGCUAAGUCCCUCCUACGUUCCAGAUAGUUCAGUUGUGAAGAGACCAUCGUCUUUCCGCUCUGCAGGCAGACAGUUACGGAGACAGGAGGCUGUGCGCUGUGACUCUGUGGAUCAGAGUGGCUCAGCUGAUGACCUGGCAGAAACCUGCCUCACUGUGCCCGCAGCCUCUUCCAGUCCGCCACCCCAGCGCUCGUCCAGUGUGCACACGCUGAAAUAUGCAAACCGCCAGAGAGUGGUUUGCAAGAGCCACAGUCGGAGCCACAGUGAGACCACUGCACACGAACAGGUAGCUGAGCAGGCCCCCCAGAAGCCAGAAGCAGAAACAGAACAGGGUCCUGAAAGCCCGAAGGAACCCUUCAGUUUGAGAGUGACCAGCGUUGAAUCCACCCUUUUCCCGCCGCUGAGUGGCUCCAGAACCGCCAUCGAUUCAGACCCCAGUCCCAGGUAUGACCACGCUGAUGAAGAAGUGAGUCGCAUAAACAGUUCAGUUCACACCUCCGCACAACCUCCUCCGAGCACCUCCCCACGCAAAGGCGGAAACCUUUCCCCCGGCCCUGGAGAACUCGGCCACCCGGCAUCCCCAGUUUCAGGCAAGAGCAGGGGGCAUCGGCUGAGCCCGCCACCAGGGCAGGAGCCAGUCAGUUUGGCAACCCGACGAAUAGACAGCCACGUUGAGCUGAGGAGGCAAACUCUGUCAUUUGAUGCCGCGAGGCCCUCUCCAAAUCAGCUGGAGGGAAGCUCUGUGGAGGACUGAUCUACUUUGCAAGAGCACUGACGGAGACGAAUGCACUGCUCAUGAAAGAAUCCUGAACUGUCAUCCAAAACAGGAAGUCUUCUGCCCCGUCCAUAACUCUCUCAAUCCCCAAGAUUUUCACCGGGUGUGUGCAGAACUCUUUGAAACCCUGUGCGUAUGAGUGCGUGUGUGUUUAAAGACUCCUCUGUGCUAUUUGCACGCCAAGAUGCACACAAGAAGAAGAUUUAUUUUCUUCUGUCUUUUGUUGUAGCUUUAGCCCAGACACAGUAACCACUUCCCAGCUAUAUUUAAAGACGCAAACCCUUCCUUGCUUGCUCUCCCCAUGCUGCUCUAAUUCCCCCUUUUGCUGCAUCUCAAGCCUAGGUCAGAAUACAAGAAAGAGCUUCACUGCAACAGAAGCUUAACAGAAGAUUAACAACUCAAUUUGUUUUCACAAACAAAGACAUGUUAAUGACAUGUUAAGUCAUUACAAUUUGUAGUCAAUUAGCUGUUCUCUCACUGAAACAAUUAAUUCAUUGGUCUAUAAAGCCUCAAGGGACCAAGAUAAAAUCAUCAGACUGCUUUUUUUUUGUCAUAACAACAGAUAUUUUUCAGUUAAUCUCAACAGAAUGAGAUUUCGUUUGAUGACACUUCUCGUUUUAUGACUGGGCAAAUGAUAAGCAAUUACUACAAGUUCUUAAUUAAAUUCCAAUUAAAAAUCUUAUUCAAGUUCAAGUUGCUCCUAUCCCUGGUGCUGAAAGCAGUUGAUGUUUACAUAAAUUAUAGAUUUUUAAGGAACAAACUUGCCAGCAACACACCACUCCACAUUUAAUGUCAGUACUGCAGUACAGUUUCUGAUUUUUUCUUCCUAACAAACUCCGCUUAACACACCCACAGGAUGUUUGCUUGAUUGUUCACUGAUUGCAGAAUAUUUCUUGAUUUUCCUUGAUUCACUUCGACUCCUGGAUGCAACCAACCCCGACAGCCCUGAAAAAUCACUUUUGCUCUUUGAACCAUGCACUUAAAUUCAUGAAGUAUGACCUAGGCUUUAGUAGUUUCUACCUCGCCUUUUCCUGCUCCCAUCCAUGCGAAUGUUUCUGUUUUCUCACUCCCCUCCUCUUUCCUUUUCUCUGUCUUUGUAAUCUCAGGGUAGAGGUAGUUCAGAGUUUGAAGUGUGUGAUGCAGAGUUAGGGAGCCCUCUGCUGUAUGAUCUCAGAAGUGGCUUCCUUCUCUUGAUAUUUAGUCCAAACAGUUUAGGAACAGAGUGUGAAAGACAGAAGGAACUGAAGGGCUUAUGCAGACAGUUACAGUUUGUAGAAAAGGCUUACAGUAUAUUUUAUAAAAAAAAGAUGGGAAUUUGAGAACUUCGAGCUGAAUUUCUACAUUCAUGAAUGUCCGUUUUUGGAUGGAUGAGGAGGUGGUUACUGUUGCAAAAUGGUGAUGAUGGUGUUGCAAGUAUUUAUAAUGUAAAAUGAUAUUCUUGCAAAAUAUUGGAAGUACUGAAUGAUACACAGACUGGACAGAGCUGGAAUAAAACCACUUACUGUCUGA